GCUUUGCAACACUGCAAUCUUCAUUUUGCGCGAUUGAAAAGCAUCUUUUGUUUGUUGAAACGCGCUUUCUUGCUGCGAUCUUUUAUUAUGUCUAUUAAAAAAAUGGAAAACUCCGACUCAAAUUGGCAGGAUCUUAGACCACAAGAACGCAUGAAAUAUUUGCUAAGAACCGGCCAUUUAUCCGAUUGCAGCUUCGUCGUCUAUGACGACGACGGCCAAAAGGUCGUUUUAAAAUGCCAUAAAUUUGUGCUUAUGAGCGUCUCGCCGGUGUUUGAGCGCAUGUUUGAUGGCGACUUUGAGGAAGCAAGCACGCCGGAUAAUAUUGUGCUAAACGAUGUGUCAGGACCUGAUUUUCAGAAAUUCAUUUCCUAUCUGUAUUGGCACGACAAUCAGCGCCUGGAUACAUAUGAUCUGCAGUCAUUGCAAGCGUUGAUAUAUCUGAGCAAGAAAUUUAUGGUACCCUUUAUGACCAAUAAAUGUUUAAAUGCGAUCCAGCGACGAGUAGCCAAUGGCUUGGAUCCGGAUGUAACAAUUGAUCUGUUUGAAUAUGCUCACCAACUUGAAGAUGAUGAUCUGAUUAAGGCCAUUCGAUCGAAAUUGCUUGCGAAUCCAUUGGUAUACAUUAACACGGCUGCUGUGUUCGAUCUUAGCUCGGAUAUGUUUAGAAAUUUUAUUGAUUACUUUCAUGGUUGCGUUAGCGAUAAGAUUCGUUUUCAUACAAUCGACCGAUACUGCAAAAUACAAGGAUUGGUUCCAAGCUCAGAACCGCCAUCAGCAAAUAGUACCCUCAACGCCAGCCAAAUUGAAGAUUCUUCAAAGAAACAAAUGACGGACGAACUUCACAGUGGGGUCGUGGAUGAGAAAACUGAGAAACUUGCCGAAAACAUGGAUGAAAAUGAAAACAAAGUUGAGACAUCUAGCGAGGCACCUUCGGACACAACUGAAAAGGACCAAAGCGAACGAGAGCAACAAAAAAGGGAAGAGUACGUAGCUAAACUACUGAAAACUAUCCAAUUUAAAUCGAUGACUGCGUAUGAUUUCUGUUCUGGACCGGGUGUCUCCAACUUACUGAGUGUUGAGCAAAAGUACGAGAUCUUGUCGUCAAUUAUCAUUACCAACCAUAAAGUAUAUACUUUUACAUUAGGUACUUCAUAUCAAAAUUCAUAACGAAUUUGAUUGAUUAAGUUUUCAUUCAUAGUGGUCAGUUGUAAGCUAAGAGCUGUGCCACUUCUUUAAGUAUUUACUAUAGUUUUUAACCAUUCAUUGAAAAAUUUUUUGUAUACGA